AUGAAAGCGAGCGUUGAGGCGCUAAGACGUUUGAGACACAAAUGAGUGGACAGGUGGACUCAUCAUGCCUCAUUUAAAGUCUUAAAGAAGCAAACGGUGUUUUCGCAACUGUCGAAGCGACUCGGUGAUAUUCACACGACACCCAGCCGAAUCACUUUGUUGAAAUAGUUUUGUGUCGUGAUGGCAGCUCCCUUACCCCAGAAGCCAGGGAUGACGGGGUUGCCCCCUCAGCAGCAGCAGCAGCAACAGCAGCAGCAGCAGCCUCACCUGCCCCCCAGCACCGCUGCUGCUCAGGGUCAACUGCCUAUGCCCCCUCAAGGAGCUCUGAGAGAAAUCUCCCCAGUGUUCCUCUGUCGUAUCGGACAGGAAACUGUACAGGACAUUGUUACUCGCACCAUGGAGAUCUUCCAGAUCACACGAGCCACACAACUUCCUAAUGGUGUGACUCAGAGCCAGGCUAUGUACCAGGACCGCUUUGGGAAGCUCCAGGAACACCUCCGACAGCUCGCGCUGCUCUUCAGAAAGCUGCGGCUACUGUACGAACGAUGUGUGGAGAUGACCUCUGACCUGCAGGAGAGCCCGCCAGAGCUUGUUCCAUAUGUCGGAGAGGAGCUGGUUUCUGUCAAAGUGGAGUCCUGCAGUUCGUCUGUUGUCCAGGAAAGGCAACAAGUACUUGAGAAGGUGCGUCAGAAGAACCAGGAGAUGAAGGUUCUGAUGGAUCAGAUGAGGAACCUGCUUUGGGACGUCAACGCCAUGCUGACACUCAGGAAAUGACUCCCCUUCAGAUUCCACUCUCCUGACCUCCUCCAACGUGAGUACAGACUGUAACAGCAAACCCCAGGAGAAACAAUAAAGGAGUUUCUGUUGGAUGCUGUCGGACAUUCCACUCAGCGGUUCCUCCUUUGGAUCAAAACUGACACAUUACUCACGUCUUGUCCCACAAUCGUUUGUUACAUUGAAACCUGUUAAAGGGAAAUUACAUAGAAGGCGUACAUGAGCGGUAAAUAAGAAUAAGCAUGUUUCAACUCGAUGCACUCCACCUUUGUUUUUGUACAAAUUAGCCGACAACCUGUUUUGUGACUGCCAAGUUUUUUUGUUUUUUUUUUCUACAGUUUAUUCAAACAAGUUAUAGUCCUGUGUAUUCACACUAUUUAAAUAAUGGGUCGAAACUUGUGUUGCCUCAGGUAAAAAGUAAAAAAAAAAAAAAAGUAAAACACAUUUAUGGUGUUUUACCCCCAGGUUCUAACUUGACACCAGACAGACUUGAAUUCACUGCAGGUUCAUUCUUACAAGGAAGCACAGAUGCUCAUCUGAUCACUGUGUUUACAAUACAAGCAGUUUUUUUUCGACUCUUACCUGUUGUAACACUACGCUUUCAGAAUUCAAAUUAGCUCCGUGGCAGCUAUAUAUCUCAGGUGCUUUGUCUCUCUGUGUUUGUGUGUGAAUGAGUGGGUGCAUGUGCUUAAUGAGGUAAAGCUUCUGGAGUGUCAGACAGCACACCUGUUUACCCUGAAGCUUUUGAGACUUGCUUGCCUGUGAAUGUAUUUUUGUAAACUGAGGGACAAACAGUGAGUCUCUUGGGUUCUUUGUGUUUUGAAUAAAAUAAACUUUUCGAAAAAAAAAA